AUGGCGAAGAAGAAAAAGGCCAAGAAGGCGCAACGGCCGAACAUCGUGACGAUCGACGAGCACGUGCUCGAUCGUCUGUAUCUCGUGAUCGACAGCCGCAAGGGCGCCGAUCCGGAGACAUCCUAUACGGCACGCCUGUUCAGCCGCGGCCGCCAGCAGAUUGCCAAGAAGCUGGGCGAGGAAGCGGUCGAGGCGCUGAUCGAAGGCAUUCGCGGCGACAAGCCCAAGCUGAUCGCCGAAAGCGCCGACAUGCUCUACCACCUGCUCACCCUCUGGGCGGCGGUCGGCGUGAAGCCCAAGUCGAUCUGGGACGAACUCGCCCGCCGCGAAGGCCUGUCCGGCAUCGCCGAGAAGGCCAGCCGGAAGCGUUAA